AUGCCUGUUAAAUGUCUUCGAUCAGGUUAUCGACAUGUUCGUUUAAGAGAUCAAACAAAUGUUCCAUUAGAAUUAACAACAUUAUUUAUUUAUUCUAAAAUAAGUGAAACAAUAUUAAUUCGUAAUCCUGAAUCAGAUUUAUCAACAUCAAAUACUCCACAUAUAUUUCGUAAUAGAAUAUUAAGACGAACAGCUGAUCUACCUGAUACUGUUGCUUCAAGUCGGGAAUCCAUUCGACCUAAACAUAAAACAUUUGAAGUUAAAGUCUAUGGUAAAGAUGGACGUGAUGAAGAAUUUCAACUAUUUGCUGUAACACAAUAUACAACUGUUGAAGAACUAAUAGAAAUGAUUACUAAAACAAAUGAUUUUCUUCAAGUUGGUGAAACAAUAAAUGAUAUUAUAUUAACAGAAUCAUCAAAAACAUGGAAAAAGAAAAGUUCAUCAUGUAAACAUAAUCAUAUUUCACCACGAAUACUUGAAAAAUAUGAAAGAAUUCUUGAAGUUAUUGAUCGUGUUGGACGAGAAACAGUUAUUUUAUGUAAGAAAAAAGCUCAAACACCACAAUUAUCACAUUCACCGUUUAAUAAUAAAAAAAGUGAAAACAAUGAAAAUAUUGAUCGAACAUUUCUUGUAACUAUAUAUAAUAUAUCAUCUGUACAAAAACAUACUACUUUUCGAACAUCAAUUAAAUCAACUGCUAGUCAUGUUAUUACACAAUUAAUGAGAAAAAUUCGUAUGAUUGGUGUUAUAUCAAAUGAUUAUGGUCUUGUUGAAGAAAUAAAUCUAAAUGAAAGAAAUUAUCGAUUUGAAAUAAAACGUCGUUUAAUAUCUGAUGAUGAAAAUAUUUAUGAAAUUCAACGUUCAUGGACAUCAACUAAUUCGAAAUUUAUUUUAAUUAAAAAAAGUGAAUAUAUCGAAACAAAUAAUAAUAAACAAUUUAAUGAUAAUUCAUUAUAUCGAUCAAUAAAUAGACAAAUAUCAAUUGAUCAAGAUUCACAUCAAGAUAUUCAUAUAGAUCAUCAAUUUAAAUCACAAAUAAAUAAUAAUAAUUUAACAUUAAAUACAAAUUUUAUCAAUAAUCGAACGACACUUACACCAACACAAACAUUAUCAAUAAAUAAUCAAACUAAACGUUCAUUUAAAACAUUAUUUUUACCUAAUAGAUCAGUUUUUUAA